AUGGAGCGUCCUCACUUCCCGCUGGCGAUGGGCCUGGCCCUGCUCGCACUCUGCCUCCUGACUCUGUCCCCGGACGCCCGUGCCGAGCUGCGAAGCCGCAGGAUCGGAGAACGCCAAAACCUGUCUCCCAACGAUCCCCGGGUGAAGAGGGCCGCACAGGUCGCUGUGAGCACCUACAAUAUGGGCAGCAACAGCCUUUACUACUUUCGAGACACCAAAAUCGUCGAUGCAGCGUAUCAGCUGGUGGCUGGCCUCAAGUACUAUCUGACUAUGGUCUUAGAGAGCACAGAGUGCAGAAAGACCAGAGUCUCUGGAGAUCACAUGGACCUCACCACCUGCCCUCUGGCCGCAGGAGUGCAGCAAGAGAAGCUGCGCUGCAACUUUGAGCUCCUUGAAGUCCCCUGGAAGAACACCACUCAGCUUCUGAAGCAUGACUGUAAGGUGGUGUAA